AUGGCUGAAACUUUCGCCUUCAAUGCUGACAUCCAGCAGUUGAUGUCCUUGAUCAUCAACACCUUCUAUAGCAACAAGGAAAUCUUCCUGCGCGAGCUGAUUUCCAACGCAUCCGAUGCCUUGGACAAGAUCCGGUAUGAGAGCAUCACCGACCCUGAGAAGAUUGAGGCCCAGCCGAAUUUCUUCAUCAAGAUCGUCCCGGACAAGACCAACUCGACCCUGACGAUCGAGGAUUCAGGCAUCGGCAUGACCAAGACGAACGAGCUCAUCAACAAUCUGGGCACCAUCGCCAAGAGCGGCACAAAGGCCUUUAUGGAGGCAAUGGCCGCGGGCGGCGAUAUCUCCAUGAUCGGACAGUUCGGCGUCGGCUUCUACAGUGCCUACCUUGUUUCCGACAAGGUGCGCGUGAUCAGCAAGCACAAUGACGACGAGCAGUACAUCUGGGAGUCUGGUGCCGGUGGAUCCUUUACUGUGCAGAAGGACACAGAGCUCGUGCACGGCGAGAUCAAGCGCGGCACCAAGAUCAUCUGCUACCUCAAGGAGGACCAAUCUGAGUUCCUGGAGGAGCGACGCCUCAAGGACUUGGUGAAGAAGCACUCUGAGUUUAUUGGCUUCCCGAUCGAGCUCUAUGUCGAGAAGUCCAAGGAGAAGGAGGUCACCGAUUCCGAGGAGGAGGAAGAGGAGAAGAAGGAGGAUGCCGGAGACGAACCCAAGCUCCUGGGUUUGACGAUUACAAGAAGUCUACGAGCAGUUUGGCAAGUGCCUGAAGCUUGCGAUUCGCACACCUCCAAGUCGGGCGACGAGCAGAUCAGCCUGAAGGAGUAUGUGGACCGCAUGAAGGAGGGCCAGAACGACAUCUACUACAUCACGGGUGAGAGCAUCCAGGCGGUGUCUUCGUCGCCCUUCCUGGAGACCCUGCGCAAGAAGGGCAUCGAGGUGAUCUACAUGACGGACCCCGUGGAUGAGUACUGCGUGCAGCAGCUGAAGGAGUUCGAUGGCAAGAAGCUGAAGAGCACCACCAAAGAAGGGCUGGACAUUGACGACGAGGACGAGAAGAAGAAGUUGGAGGAGCUGAAGGCGGAGUUCGAGCCGCUGACGAAGCUGAUGAAGGAGGUGCUGGGUGACAAGGUUGAGAAAGUCAUGGUGAGCUCUCGCAUGGCUGACUCCCCUUGCGUGCUGACCACCUCCGAGUAUGGCUGGUCUGCCAACAUGGAGCGUAUCAUGAAGGCGCAAGCCCUUCGCGACAACUCCAUGACAUCUUACAUGGUCUCCAAGAAGACUAUGGAAGUGAACCCAAAGCACUCCAUCAUGUCUGAGCUGAAGAAGAAGGCAGCGGCCGACAAGUCCGACAAGACAGUGAAGGACCUGAUUUGGCUGUUGUUCGACACCUCGCUCCUCACCUCUGGCUUCAACCUGGAUGAGCCUACGCAGUUUGCAGGCCGCAUCCACCGCAUGAUCAAGCUCGGCCUCAGCAUCGAUGACGACGAUGAGGGCCUGGGCGAUGAUGACGAUUUGCCUCCGCUGGAGGAGGUUGAGGGCGCGGCCGACGAGGCUUCCAAGAUGGAGGAGGUCGACUAG